CUUUCCCUUUCCUUCCUUUACUAAAAAAAAAAAAAUACCAAACACACUGUUACUCUCAAAAAUAAAUAAAAGUAGCAUUCUUAAUUUCAAUGCGCUAACAAAAAUCCCUAAACCCAAAUUGAUUUUGUGCGAAGUUUUUGCGUGGAUUUUGUUUAGGGUUUGAACUAAGUAGAGGAAUUCGUCGGAUGGGAGUCGUUGGCGUCGCCGAUUUAUCGGAAGGUGCCGGAAAAGUUCGAUCGAAGCUGCUAUUCGCCGGUCUUUGAUCUUCUGCCAACUGCCAUUAAUUUGCACUUGAUUUGGGGCAUCCAUGAUGAUUAAAUUUCGUUCAGUGCUGAUUUUUUCAACUAUUUUGCGGGUACUUUUGAUAAUUUAUGGAGAUUGGCAAGAUUCCCAUAUGGAAGUUAGAUACACUGAUGUUGAUUAUCUCGUCUUUUCUGAUGCUGCUGCUUUAAUGUCUUCUGGAGAGUCUCCUUUCAAGAGGACCACUUAUCGUUAUUCGCCAUUGCUCGCUUUUAUACUCAUACCAAAUGCAAUUUUUCAUCCUUCUUGGGGGAAAUUUCUUUUCUCAGCUGCAGAUCUGCUAGUUGGCUAUUUAAUCCGCACCAUCUUGAAGCUACGUGGGGUACCAGAGAAUAUAUGCAUUUACUCUGUGAUGGCAUGGCUUUUCAAUCCGUUUACCUUCACCAUAGGAACUCGUGGGAACUGUGAGCCUAUUGUUUGUGCUGUGAUCUUGUGGAUUAUUACCUGUAUUAUGAGGGGGAAUGUCUACCAAGCUGCAGUUUGGUAUGGACUUAUUGUCCACUUCAGAAUAUAUCCUAUUAUAUAUGCACUUCCCAUUGUAUUAGUUCUUGACCCACAGUAUAUCCAAUCUGGUCUGAAACCGAUGCUUGUGAAAUGGAGCUCUGAUCAACGAAGAUCACCUCAACCCUCAGUUGAAUCAAGCCCAAAGUCUUUGUGGGUGUUUCUUGCGAGUAUUUUCUCUGGCACUAGAAUCCUGUUUGCAUUGAUGUCAGGUGCUGUCUUCCUUGGUUUUACAGCUCUCUUUUAUUAUUUUUAUGGGUGGGAAUAUCUUCAUGAGGCGCUGCUUUACCAUCUCACUCGAACUGAUCCAAGGCACAAUUUCUCCAUAUAUUUCUACCACAUAUACCUCCAUUACGAGCAUGAAUUAUCAAUACUGGAAAAGCUUGUCUCUUUCCUACCACAGUUUGCUGUGCAGCUGGUUCUUAUGUUCUGCUUUGCCUUGGAUCUCCCCUUCUGCUUUUUAGUGCAGACGGUGGCAUUUGUAGCAUUCAAUAAGGUGAUUACGGCGCAGUAUUUUGUGUGGUUCUUUAGCUUGAUACCUGUGGUAUUGCCAUGGAGCAAAAUGAAAAUGAAAUGGGAAGGUUUCUUCUGUAUAUUGGUUUGGAUGGGGACACAACUUCACUGGCUGAUGUGGGGUUACUUAUUGGAAUUCAAGGGAAAGAAUGUGUUCUUACCUCUCUGGAUUGCAGGCCUCUUAUUCUUGGCUGCUAACUCCUUUGUACUCGUUGCAAUAAUUCGCCGUCAUACAUACUCUCCAAUAUUUCAAUGCCUUAACACAAGCUCAAAAGCGCGAUUAAAAGUCAAGUAAGAGGAUUAGAGCCUUGAGAAUGUUUACAAGCUCCAGGUAAUCAACUUUACUCCUAACCUUUGUUACUACAGGUACGAGUUAUAAGAUAUAUCUACCAAAUGAGAUUGGGCUCCUCUUCUCUCAUGUUGCCUUGAAAUUUUGACAAAACAAGGAAGGUUUUGAAAAUAUGUAGAAAGAUUGCUGACUUUUAAAUUCAAGAAAGAGUUAGGCUCGAAGUUUUGCUCCGAUAAGCUUGAUUUUGCUGUACUAGAUCGCUAAGAUUUUAGAGCUAAGGAUUGGUUGGUUUGAGCUUAACCUAAUAUGCUACAUGGUUGGCUUGAUUAUGGUCUCCAUUCUCCUGGUUGACUAAAAUUUGAGCCAAGAAAAGCCUAACUUAGUCAAGUUCAAAAUGUGUCUAGUGAGCUUGAUUCAGUUUUUUUUUUUUUUUUUUUGGCAAAGUAGCUUGAUUCAUUGACACUCCUCUUUUUUGAUGUAAAGUUCAAGUACAAAUUUUUGUAACUGUGGUAAAUCGUUCGUGAGAAUCAGAUACUGUCAGUGUCAAAAGUA